AUGAAAGAUGAUAAACUUUGUGUUAGAAAAUUCCAUCAACGAGAAAAAAGGAAAAAAAACACGGACAAAAAGCAGCACCGAGGCAGCCAGAUCGCCGGUGUUCGCAAGGACCAGGUCGAGAAUCGGAAUAAGUCGAGGACACGGAUAGGGACUCGUACUCUCGCCGUCGCCGAGGAGGACGGCCGACUCUUGCCGGGACUCGGACCCCUCCAGCGUUUAUAUAAGAACAGAGGCACCCCAUCGAGCCAACACCACACAACACGUCCGAUCAAAGAAACACAAGCUCUCGAAACAGCUAGCGAAGCAAGUCAACAAUGGCGAGCGGCAGGAGGGAUCUCGCUAGCCGUGCUGCUCCUGCUCUUCUUGCCUAGCACCGCCGCCGCCGCCAACGUCCCCAGCAUCGACACCACGCGGACGCGCCACCUGCCGCUGCCACGCGGACUGCUGCGCGGCCCGGAGAGCGUCGCCUUCGACGCCAAAGGCCACGGCCCGUACAGCGGCGUGUCCGACGGCCGCGUCCUGAAGUGGAACGGCCACAAGCUCGGCUGGUCAACGUACACCUACAACCCCGACUACAGCAGCGAGGCGUGCACGGCGUCUCGCCUUCGCCCGGAGACUGUCACCGAGGGCCACUGCGGCCGGCCGCUCGGUCUGCGGUUCCACCUCAAGUCUGGGUACCUGUACAUUGCCGACGCCUACAAGGGGCUCAUGCGGGUCGCGCCAGGCGGCGGGGAGGCAACUGUGCUUGUCACGGAGGUUGAUGGCGUACCUCUCCGCUUCACCAACGGGGUGGACAUCGACCAGGUAACCGGCGAGGUCUACUUCACCGACAGCUCCAGGAACUACAAUAGGUCACAACAUGAGAUGGUGACAAGAACAGGAGACUCGACUGGUCGGCUACUAAGGUAUGACCCACGGACAGGAAAGGCCGGCGUGCUCCAGCCCGACAUCACUUACCCCAAUGGCCUCGCCAUCAGCGCUGAUCGAACACAUCUAAUCAUCUCAUCGACCGGGCCGUGUAAACUGCUACGAUACUGGAUCAAGGGCUCCAAGGCGGGCACCAUGGAGCUAUUCGCCGACCUCCCUGGCUAUCCAGACAAUGUGAGGCCCGACAAGAAAGGAGGAUACUGGGUGGCACUACACCGUGAGAAGGCUGAGCUCCCCUUUGGCAUUGAUAGCCACCUGCUAGCAUUGAGGAUCGAUGCGGACGGAAAAAUAAUUGAGGAGAUGCGGGGACCCAAGGGCGUGAGGCCGACCGAGGUGGUGGAGAGGAAAGGUGGCAGGUUGUUCAUGGGAUCCGUCGAACUUCACUAUGUGUCCGUAGUCACGCGCAAAUAG